CCCACUCCGCGGCCCCCUCCUCCCCGCGCGGCUCAACUCGAGCGCUGCCCGCCGAGCCGGGCCGCUUCAGGGGGAGGCGCCAAGUCUCGGCUGUUCCCGGGCCCGGCCGAGCAGUCCCCGCUGCCCGCAGCGGAGCGGACGCGAAGCGGAGUCCUGUGAACUUUUCUAGAAGACAGCUUUACAAGGAUCUAGAAGGACCAAAUUCGGGGCUCCAGAACUCUCCAGCACCCAGCUUAGCAGAUCAUACAUCCUUCAGGAGCUGAGAAUUCAUAAGUCUGGUCUUCACCGUGGUGAUUGGAACUUUCCAGUCUCAGAAAAGUUGGCCAAGGGACUGCACAGGACUGAGUCCAUAUGGAAGAAGAACUGCCUGGUUUCUGUGGAGAAAGUGGCCAGGCUGUAUUUUAACGGAAUUGUAACAGCUUGCCAGUUUGCUGUGAUCAUGUGCAGUAUGGUCACUCAGUGGAUUUCUCAGUGGAUACAGCGUCUGUUUGUUCCAGACCACACAAUGAGACUAACAGGAUGUGUCUUAGUCUCUAAUUCAUGGCAGCCAGUACAGGCUACCCUGUCAUCAUUGAAGAUGUUAGAUGUGGGAAAGUGGCCAAUUUUUUCCCUUUGUUCUGAGGAAGAACUGCAGUCAAUCCGUCAGGCUUGUGUCUUCGGCAGUGCUGGCAAUGAAGUUUUAUACACUACAGUCAACGAUGAGAUUUUUGUGCUCGGCACAAACUGCAGUGGCUGUCUGGGGGUAGGUGACGUUCAGAGCACCAUUGAGCCUCGGAGACUGGAUUCUUUAACUGGCAAAAAGAUAGCCAGCCUCGGCUAUGGCAGUGGCCCACACAUCGUUCUUGCAACAACAGAUGGAGAAGUCUUUACCUGGGGUCACAAUGCUUAUAGCCAGCUGGGCAAUGGGACAACGAAUCAUGGUUUAGUGCCCUGCCAUAUCUCUACUAAUUUGUCAAAUAAACAAGUCAUUGAGGUUGCCUGCGGGUCUUACCAUUCUUUGGUCCUAACAUCUGAUGGAGAGGUAUUUGCCUGGGGUUAUAAUAACUCUGGGCAGGUAGGCUCUGGAUCAACCGCUAAUCAGCCCAUUCCUCGAAGAGUCACUGGAUGUUUGCAGAAUAAAGUAGUUAUGAACAUAGCAUGUGGGCAGAUGUGUUCCAUGGCCGUUGUGGACACUGGAGAGGUCUAUGUCUGGGGUUACAAUGGGAAUGGACAGCUGGGUCUGGGCAGCAGUGGCAACCAGCCAACCCCCUGUAGAGUGGCAGCCCUGCAAGGCAUCCGUGUCCAGCGGGUUGCCUGUGGCUACGCACACACAUUAGUAUUAACAGAUGAAGGUCAAGUGUAUGCUUGGGGUGCAAAUUCUUAUGGCCAGUUGGGCACUGGCAAUAAAAGUAACCAGUCCUACCCUACCCCUGUUAUUGUGGAAAAGGACAGGAUCAUAGAGAUCGCAGCCUGUCACUCCGCCCACACGUCUGCCGCCAAGACCCAGGGUGGUCAUGUGUACAUGUGGGGCCAGUGCCGCGGCCAGUCGGUGGUCCUUCCCCACCUCACCCACUUCUGCUGCACCGAUGACGUCUUUGCCUGCUUUGCCACGCCUGCUGUCACCUGGCGCCUCCUCUCUGUGGAACCCGAUGACCACCUCACUGUGGCCGAGUCACUGAAGAGGGAGUUUGACAACCCUGACACUGCAGACCUCAGGUUUCUGGUUGACGGAAAAUACAUCUAUGCUCACAAAGUCCUCCUCAAAAUUAGGUGUGAGCAUUUUCGUUCUUCAUUAGAAGACAGUGAAGAUGAUAUUGUAGAAAUGAGUGAGUUUUCAUAUCCUGUGUUCCGAGCUUUCCUGGAGUACCUCUACACGGAUAACAUCAGCCUAUCUCCUGAGGAGGCAGUAGGAUUGCUAGAUCUGGCCACAUUUUACAGUGAGACUCGGCUGAAAAAGCUCUGUCAGCAAACCAUCAAGCAAGGGAUCUGUGAGGAGAACGCUAUUGCUCUGCUCUCUGCUGCUGUGAAGUACGACGCUCAGGAUUUAGAAGAGUUCUGCUUCAGAUUUUGCAUAAAUCAUCUGACUGUAGUAACACAAACUUCAGGGUUUGCAGAAAUGGACCACGAUCUUCUGAAGAACUUCAUCAGCAAAGCCAGCAGAGUUGGAGCCUUUAAGAACUGACCCCUAACAUGGAAAGGAAUGCCUUCCCACUUUACCCCUGCAAAAAUAAGUAAACAAACAAAACAUUAAAAAGAAUAAAAGCCAUUGACGAACAACAUCUCUGUAAUGAACAGUGUUGAGAGUUACAUCUGGCCAAAUUCUGUGUUCUGUCAAAAGGAUGGCAGUCAGUCUUCUUCAUCUACCUAACCCGCAGUUUACAGUAGGAGGCACGGAGUGCUCGCCUGGAUAUGACACACUCACUCAAAGAAUGAGAAUGAGCCCAGUCUUACUCGGGUGGAGAGUCUCCCUCUCCCAGCA